GGAAAUGCUUAGGAAAGGUUGGCUAUUUCCCCUCGAAGUAUUGUACCAAGCUGGGAGCAUCGGAAAAGGUACUACAAGUGACCCAUCCAUUGCAUAUAACGGACAACGAACGGUGCGAGGUGAAGCUGCAAAGGGAUCAAAUUGUGAUACAGGUGGGCGAAGAGAUGGGCGGAAUGAUUGCUGUGCGCUUCGCCGAUAAUCAUCAGGGUGUCAUCCCAGGAAAGUAUCUGCAGGAGGUCUGACUACGGGAAGGGGAAGAACUAGAUCGUGAUCGUGAUAAAAGUAGUAGGAAAAGCGGUAAAACCGGUAGUUCAAACCAUGCCCAAAGUAGCAAAUCAAGUAAGAAAUCUAGUAAACCUUCGUCCAAAAGUCAAGGCUAUGACUUGCAUGGACAGGAUGAAGCACGUAGCCAUCACUAUCAUAAGGAAGGGAAAAAUAACAUGCAGAAAUCCUGCGAUAGAAACUGGGAAAAGUGGGAGAAGUUCCGGGAAAAGAAAAUGGAGAUGAUGAAGGUUCAUAAGUAUAAUGUAGAACAGCGGCUGAGGCACGAGAACCAGGAUCGAGUGUUCUAUAGACACCAUUUCAAUUACCAUCCGGUAAAAAGACCUAAACGAAAGACAUCCUUAGAUCCCAAUUGGUACACUGAAAACAUUUAUUCUAAUCAAUCGAUUGAUAACUCUGAUGGUGAACCUGCGUUAGCGAUAGUGAACAGUUACCAGCCUAGGAAACCGCACGCCUAUAGAGACAUAAAUGGUAAUCUGGAGGAUGAGUUAGACGAAAUCUUCACCGUAGGCACACAGUUUGAACGAGCCAGUAAUUAUCCAAAAUCGAAUAGUUGCUGCUUUGGAGCCAGUAGUAGCAUUAUGGCCAAUAAUGUUAGACAUAGAAUCCCCAAGUCGCACUCCUUCAGCACGUCCAGAAGCAUGGGAGCUGGGUACAACAUGAGCAAAGCCUACAAUCGUAACACUUUUGAAAUGGCUGAAUUCCCAGGGCAUGCCCUCUCAGAUUCUGGUCGGUUGAAUUACUACAAUGGGAUAAAACCAACAGGUAUGCGUAUUUGUGAUCGUGAAGGUUGCUUCAACGAAACGUGCUUUAGUAAGGAUACUAAGAAUAUUCAUAAUAACAAUAACAAUCUAAUGAACGAAUGGAAUCAACGUAAUCGUAACAAUAUGAGAAGACGCAUGACAACUACGAGGUCGCAACGAGUGAUGGAGGAAGAUUUUGACUUGUUUGAGGAUGAAGAGGAAGCUGAACUGAAUAUGUAUAACGAUGAUAAUUCUCUUGUGUUUGAAGACUUCGAUGACCACGAUUACUAUGGAGCUGGGCAUACGGGUGGAGAUUUUGACGAAUUUUAUCGCCAUGAACGCUCGAAGCAGGUACUGCGAGGGAAGUUUGAUCGCAUAAGUAAAUAUACCGACGACUUCACCGAUGACUACCACAAAUCAUUCGAAGAUAUUUUCAACCGUAAUUGCUACAUUGAUCAACAGUACCAGGUGAAGGGCAAUAAUUUUUUCUCAAAACCUCAUAUUGCUAAGAAUAAGAGCAUGCUAGAAGUUAAACCACCGAACAAAUAUGACGACACGUCUUCGGAUUCUACCGAUCUGGAGUUGGAUGACUUCAAUUUCGAUUUUGAGAAGUACUGGGAAGAAUUAGAAAAGCCAUCGCCCACAUCACCAAGCGAGUUGACGGAAAAGUAUCCCCCGGGUGCCAUGAAAAAGGUGAAAAACGUUAACAUUAAUCGAUAUAAUAAUGGGACUGUGAUAGACAUCUAUCAUGAUGACGAUCCGUAUCAUUCCGAUCACUACCACUAUCGAGAAGGUACUGAAAAGAAUAACAACAACGUCGUUGAUACCUUUUCGCCACCAUCGGUAACGAAAUUUCGUAGAAAAGUUUAUCCUGAGCGAAACAACAUGGAGAAUGACAAGAAUAAGCAUUCAAGUAGCAAAAGGAACAAUAUCAACAACAAUAGUAAUGCCAUUAGCUUCCUCAACAACAUCUUCUCCAUUUACAAACCAAGCAAAUAUUCUCCUCUGAACUGUCAUGUCGAGCAAAAUUACUUGAAAAACAUUCCAGCCAAGAAAAUGAAUAUUACUAGUGCAGCAAGGCCACUCGGCGCUCCACGCAGCGAUUCGGAAAACUCAGCCAAACGGCCCCUAACAGUUCAUCCAUCCAAGCAGUACCCACAGCGCUCCUAUCAAGGACAACGCAGCCAGAAGGAUCCACAGGCCAAGUUUCAAAUUAUACCAGAUAAAACGGGGCUGAAGAUAUCUCCCCUCUACGCGUCCAGUAUCGAUUACCGGAAAGCGAGAUAUAAACUCAAAAGUACUUCUCGCCCGUUAUCCUUCUGGUGAUAGUUGCUCGACUGUUCGUAUUAUUCGGAUGGCCGACUGGAUGGACUACCCGUGGUCAAAAAGACACGCAGAACCAAGUAUCUGAAGUACUGAACAUUUCAUCAAUCAGAGUGUAUAAAUCAAUCCAUUGAUAUAAUCUACAAUUCGAUUAAAAUCUGUUGCAUAUUUACAUAUACACUUACACACGAACACAUUCUCAAAAAAGAAAAAAAAAAAACGAUCAAAUGUUGUACAAAAAUUACAUCAAAAUUCCAACUUUUUACACGCUUUUAUCUUUAAUAGUCAAGAACCUCGAACCACCAACCAAAGUGAGCAUCCUUAAUUGUAAAUAUCCAUUACCUAAACGUUCAAAUGUAACACUUUUAAAUCUUUUUAUACGAUCAAACCUAACUGAAACCACCAUCAACUCACCUAACUUUUAUGUAUAGACCAGUUUACUAAAUUUCUACGACGAUAUAUAGAUGUUCUAGAGCGGCAGCCGACUCACCAAUCGAUCCAUAUCCCAGGUCCCACGAUCGGAAUAGGUUAGUACACUUGGAAAUCCUAGCUUUUGUUUGCAACAACAAACAUUGACUCGAAUCUGGUGCACGCAAACAAUAAUCAAAUCCGAACGGGGGGUGUUCCGUGAAUCGAUACAUAGAGAUUAUAGAAAUAUGAAUAUGAAAACGACUCUUAUAGCUAAUUUCGGAAACAUUUAACUUAACUUGAACGUGAGAUUCAAAUGUGUCUAAACAGAUAAUCAAGCAUUUAACCAUAAUCAGUCUGACUUCAUGGAUGAUAGUCUUGUUCAAAUUUGCAACAAUUAGUUAAUCAACUGUGAAAAUUUCAAAAAAGUGUUAUGCACUGAACCAUUUUGUCUAAUUUGUAAAUCUUUUUCAACAGUGAUUAUGCUACGUUGAAACUGUUUUUGAUCUUUAAUUCACAAAUACAGCACUUCAUUAACUACCAGUCAAUCAUGGCAGAAAAAACCGUCAUGCAUCGAUUCACGUAGCCCCCGCUGUCACACUAAUUUCUUGCUCUAUUCGUUACACCCGGUAUAAACGCAACUUCCACACAAACUCUACGUUCCGUUUCAUGGUACGCGAAAUAGGUUUUGUACUCUGAACUCGAUGGAAGAUCAACACGGAAAGAACCAUGUUGGCGUUGAAUGUCUGAAUAAUGCGAACGCGAUCCGUUCGUCACUUCAACCCAUCGAUGGUUGUGUGCUAUUUUAAACCACAACGCCAAAGCAAACAAAAAAAAUAAAAAAAUAAAAACUCGUCCUAAUUGAGUUCUUCCGGAACCGACGCAAAUCAGUACAUUGUGACGUAAAAUAACGUACAACCAUAGAAGGGUAUAUUUUGCACCAUUGCUGAAGGAAUUGAUUUAGAACAGAAGAACACAAUGUUUUCUCCACGUUUUCAAAUCGCUACCAACCCGUAACUUUGACUGAGAAAAAUGAAACUGUUUUUGAAUAUUUCUAAAUGAUCGCUUUAAAAUUCGCACAACUUACCAGCCUUGGUAGGCGAAUGAUCAAGUGGAGAAAACAUUGAAUUCUACGUUAGAACCAAAAAUAAAACGUCACAAUUUACGUAAAACGAGUAGAAGGCAUUUGUUUCUAUACUUUUCUUGCAAUUUGAUUAUGUUGUAAUAGCGUUCACGUCAAUGCUUUGCAGGUUUUCAGUGCAACCAGAUAGUUUGCAGAAUCAGAUGCAGAUAUUGAAGUACAGAUUUAAUGAAUACGUUGCUUCUGUCAAACGAAAAUACACACAGAAGAGUGUCAACUGAUCUGCUUUGCUAUGAUAUUGUUUUCUGCUUAUUAUCAGAAAACAAUGAAAGUCUUUCAAACAAAUCUUCCUUCAAAUAUGGGACAAAACAGAUGUCACCUAAAAUAGUUUCGCACAUGCAUAAAUAAUAAUAGUAGGAAAGGUUGUAGUGCUCAAUAUGGUCGUUAACUCAAUAAGACCUGUUUUAUGUUAAUCCUUAGCACUGAUGCCGUACCAAUAUUUUAUUCGAAUUUAAUAGGAAUUUACACACAAUUUCUAGCAAUUUCCUUUGAUGACAAAGUGUCUCUUCUGCUACAUUUGAGUUGCUGUCUAUCAAAGAUGUGUAACUUCGCUGUCACCGUUCAAUAAAUCUUAAAGUGCACCUUCCAUUUGGCUGUCACCGUUGCGUUUACCUUCCCGGCCAGUUACAUACAAUCUCCACAUAUGGCUCUGAUCCAUGCUCUCUUGCACUUCGGUGAUCACACUCUUUUCGUGCUGCUUUUGAAACACGGUUUCAGUAUUUUUGUGUAUAAGUGGAACAGCCUUGCCGCUGUGUCAAAUGUGCACGUUUACUAGUUGGGCUCCAACGCUGGCAUAGUAGCAAAAUCAACAAUUAUUUUCGCACUUAAUGAUUCCUGAUAAUGCAUAUCAACAUAACAUCAUCCGUCAAUCAGUUUUCGACAAACCCUUUUCAUGUGAAUCAGAAAUCAUCAAAGACAUCGUUGUCCAACCUUACUUUCACACUGACUUGAAAAAGCAAACAGGAUGUAAUCAUCAGAAUUUAUUGAAUGUUUAAAGUUCCUAAAUCCAUUAUUGAGCACUGCAACCGAAGAAAAUCACGUACACGAAUCAAGUUUUCAGUAGCUGUAGAAUGAGUUGUUGGUGUCUAGAAAUCUGUAGCAUUCAUCUAUAGCACUAUUAUGAGCAAAAUUCAAGCAUGUUUAGUCACAGACAGAGCUUAAUCUUUCUAGAACCCUAGUUCAAAAGAUAAUAAAAACAGAAAUAGAAUGCUCAACCCGAAACAUAUACAUAGAAUCAAUAAUGAAAUUCUCCUCAGGCGCUUGAAUCGCAAAUCAUGUUGACGGGAUUAAGUUUAUGGUAUGAUUGAUAGAAAAUUCGUUUAGCUAUUUCACCCCACAGAAAUAAAUAUUCCGUAUCCCAGUCACAAAAGCAACACUAACUAACUUCUGAACACGAAAAAGUUCUCACGAUUUAGUAUUACCCACGAAUGGGUCAUAGCUAAGGUAUAGUAUAACUAUUAGGCGGAAAGGUAAAACAUGUUAGCAUAAUGAUUACAAUUCAACAAAGAUUUUAUAGAGAAAAUUAUUCAUAUGAAACAAAGAAAAUGCCCGGAUCUUAUGAAUAUUGUAAUAAGAAUAAUUUCCCAAUCAUUUGAAAGAGAAUUAAACACUCAAAUUGAAUCAGUAUUUUUGCAUUCAACGCGUAUUUCACUCAAGUUAAUAAGCGAAGAUUUGAAACAUUAAAUAAGUCUUGGUUUCUGUCUUUCUCUAUUACGGACAUUUCAGUUGCCUCUUUUUGGCUAUUCUAAGUCAAUGUAAAAAUAAAAGUUUGAAACUUUGAGCGUUUGUGUGCACAGUACAUGUCAGAUGGACAAGUCGAAUUUUGAAUUGCGAAACAAGCCCCACAUACCCAAAUAACACACUAGUUAUAGAAGAGUCACAGCAGCGCAUGUUUUUGUUGCUCAGAAAUUUUUGGGACUUGCUUCU